AUGUUUAUAAAGGUGUGUAGUUGUGGAAAUUGGGAAGAAAGCCCUAGAGAAGCGAAGAUGGGAACUCCAGAGACAUCAAGGGAACCUUGUCCAGAUCGAAUCCUGGACGAUAUAGGCGGCGCGUUCGGCAUGGGCGCCGUCGGUGGCUCCGCCUUUCACUUCUUGAAAGGACUCUACAACGCGCCCAAGGGCGAGCGUGUCGUCGCCGCCUCCCAGGCUGUGCGCCUCAACGCACCGCGCGUCGGCGGCAGCUUCGCCGUCUGGGGUGGCCUCUUCUCCACCUUCGACUGCACCAUGGUCUAUCUUCGCCAGAAGGAGGAUCCCUGGAACUCCAUCUUCGCCGGCGCCGCCACGGGCGGCUUCCUCUCCAUGCGCCAAGGCCUCCCCGCAUCCGCCCGCUCCGCCGCGUUCGGCGGCGUCCUCCUCGCUCUCAUCGAGGGCGCUGGCAUCAUGCUUAACAAGUUCCUGAGCGCGCAGCAGCAGAUGCCCAUCAUCAUCGAUGACGGUUUACCUCCCAACGGUCUGCCGGACCAACCCGCUCCUCCGCCGUCGUGGUUCGGUGGGUGGUUUGGGGACGGGAAGAAGGACGAGCCUGCGUCCAGCGGAGGAAGCGAGACGAAGGUUUUGGAGAGCUUUGAUGCGCCUGCUGUCCCUAAUUUCGAGUACAAGUGA